AAAUUUAAAACAUGUGAUAGUUGUAUCAUAUUUACUAAAAAUUAAUAGAUUAGACACUUUGAAAACUAGAUACAUAAACAAAAAAUUUUCGUUAUACAUUAUCUUGAACUUUAUGAUCCACAAAAUCUCAUUCUACCGAAUCAAUAUUUUUUUUAUAAAAAAUUAAAAUUAUUUUUUUUACAUGGCUUGUCUGCUUAUCGUCUUAUCCAAUGGGGACAUCGAGUCCACCUAUAUAACAUAUUUGAGGGUUGAGGAAUGGAGCAUGCCACGUCUGGUGCCACUGUGUUUCCGAGCGCCAAUCAUGCUACCGCGUCAUCCCUUCCAACCUCGUGCGCGUGGAAUGCACUUAUCAUAACGGCCGUUCAUACGUGUUAAACAGACCUAAGAGUACCCCCGAUUGGAGCCUGCAGCGCCUCCCAUUUUCUGGCGCGUGAGAAACAGACCAAUCGUACCGGUUCUCCGAAAUUAGACCAACGAACACACUUGCCAUUGUAUAGCUAAACGAUAAAUUGGCAAAAUGAAGAAAUUUUGCUCCCCGGCGAGCUUCCCACGACUACUUAUUAACCCAUCCUCUUUCGCCAUCAACGCCGCUGCUACCCCGCAGUUGUAUGAAACCAGAAAACACAAUUGUACUUUCAUGGCAGCUCUCCCUUGAAUCCCAUUUAUAUAGCUUCAAACUCGGAUCGAACUGUCACAUACCCAGAAUUUCCCAUCUUAGUUUCUUUCGAAGAGUUUGAUAUAAUUCAAAUUUCUGAAAAAGGUGUAGCCAGCUUAAUUAGUCCGCGGGAGCCAUGGCUGCUGACACAGUGAAGGAAAGUCUGGCGAAGACGAUACAAUUGGCAGACAAGGUGGCCAAAACGGCCGCCGAGGCAAAAUCCUUCAGACAACAGUGCUCGGAGCUGAAGUACAAGGCGCAGCAGCUGGCACGCCUCCUCCGUCAGGCGGCGCGUGCCAGCAACGACCUCUACGACAGCCCCACCCGCCGCAUCACAGACCGUACCAAGCAAGUUCUCCAAAAAGCUCUCCACCUCGCCCUUAAGUGCCGCGCCAACAGCUUCAUCAAGCGCGUCUUGUUCACCGUAAUCCCCAACGCCGCCUUCCGUAAAACAUCGUCUUUGCUCGAGAAUUCCAUCGGCGACGUUUCGUGGCUCCUCCGCGUCUCCUCCCGCGACGGUGGCUACCUCGGUCUCCCCCCGAUCGCCGCCAACGAGCCCAUCUUGUACCUCGUCUGGGAGCAAAUAGCAAUUCUCUCCGCGGCCAGAUCGUCCGAGGACCCGUCCUGCGCCGCCGAGUCCCUGGCUUCGUUGGCCCGCGACAGCGUCCUGUAUUGCAAGAUCAUCAUCGACGAAGGCGCCGUCAGGCCGCUACUGAAGCUGGCGAAGAAACGGAAUUGCGAAGGUCAGGAGACCGCCGUGCGGGCCAUUGGUCAUCUGGGUCGCGACCCGGAAAGCGUCGAACGCAUUGUGAACGCUGGUGUUUGCAAGGGGUUUGCGAAAAUCCUCAAAGAGAAUUUUCGCACGAAUGUUCAGGCCGCGGUGGCGUGGGCGAUCUCGGAACUCGCAGCCAACCAUCCCAAUUGUCAAAACCAUUUCGCGCAGACCAACGUGGUCCACAUGCUCGCGAAUUUUCUCAGCCACGAGACCGAAGAAAGCAUGAAGGCAAUGGCGGCAAGAGCGAUCUGGAAACUUGCAAAAGGAAAUUCAAGCAUUUGCCGUAGCAUCACAGAGUCGAGAGGCCUCUCAAGCUUGGCAGCCCUACUAGGGAGAGGCCCGCACGAGGUUCGAUUCAAUUCGGCAAUGGCGGUGAUGGAGAUCACCGCCGUGGCGAAGCAAAACCCCGAUUUCCGACGCGCCGCCUUCAAGCCCAGCUCCCCCGCAGCCAAGGCUGUCUUGGAUCAAUUACUUGGUAUAAUUGAAAAUGGUGGUGAAUCUGAAUUAGCCCUCCUCUUGCCCUCCAUCAAGGCAAUUGGGAACUUGGCGAGAACGUUUCGGUCCACCGAGACCCGAAUUAUCGAGCCAUUGGUGAGACUGCUGGGAGGAAGGGAAGCCGAUGAGGUGUCAAGGGAGGCGGUGGUGGCGCUCACCAAGUUCGCCUGCACCGGGAACUACCUCCACCGCAACCACUGCAAUACGAUUAUAGAAGUAGGAGGAAUCAAACACCUGAUCCAAUUGGUGUACUUCGGGGAGCAGGCGGUUCGGGUAUCGGCAUUAGUCCUGCUGUGCUACAUAUCGACGCACCGACCCGAGAGCGAGGCGCUGGGGAAGGAGGAGGUGCUGGUGGUGCUGGAGUGGGCGUCGAAGACACCGCACUUGGUGUGGGAUCCGUUGGUGGAAGCGCUGCUGCCGGAGGCCAAAGGGAGGUUGGAACUCUACCAGUUCAGGGGUUCAAUUCAGAGGGUUCAUGAAUUGAUUCAAUAAACUUAAUUGUACAUAUUUAAUUGUUCAAUGUUCAUACACACUUAAAUAUUCAA